GGAGCGAUCAAGUUCUUCUCAGACAUGUUUUGUCUCCACCAUCUGAGUAAUUACGUCGGCAAAAUAUUAUUCUUUGAAAGGCUUCCCUCGAUGAUGGAAAGUGAUUCACUCAGCGAGGUUUCUGCAGGCAGUGCUGAAGGUCUGUUUGCCACACUAAGCAUGUUUGUCUGUAGACUUACAUUGCGGCCUCAGAGGAUGGGUUACUAGCACGCGCACCAAAAUUGUCGUGCGCCGACUGGAUGAUGACGUGUAACCUAUUUAAGGGCAGCUGGCAAUCUAGUACUACGCUGGACCCACACCUUGAAGUCGUGUUGCCUGUGUUAUGCAAGCGGUGCCACACUCUUUCUGCAAGGAGUGACGCACCACGUCGGUAUGCUAAUGAAAUGCAAAAAGUGGAGCGCGAGUUGAAGUCCAUAUCGCAGACUCUGAGUGCUGAUCUACUCCAACACAUACUUCGUGUCUUCAGAAAUGCAUACUUUGAACAUGCAUUGUCAACGACACGUCAAGCGAGCCGCAUUGAAUAUGACAGGCAAUUCAACAUUCCUUCUAUGACUAAAGAGGUAGAGGUUCUCCAAGCGAAACUCGAUGCAACGGUGGAUGAGGAUGACCAACGAGCACUGGAGGAGGACGUCACAGGCAAGAUCUUGUGGCUGUGUUGGUGUGGGAUAUGUGCGGAAGUCGACCAACUGUUACCAAAGGUUGUGGAUUACAUCUGGAGAGAAGGAAACAUGAAGGGCUUAGGGGAAAUUACCUUCGUUAUGCGUUCAACAAACCCAGGUGAUGAUCAAGCUCACUUGCAGCGGAUCAUGCUUGAUGCAGGAACAAGCACAUCGAAACAUCAUUUAUGGCUUGCCGCUCGCGCAGCGGAGCAAGCCAAGUGGUCAGGUGCGACCAGGGUCACCACUGCUAUGAAUAACCAAGGUCCCACCGCGAGCACAAGCACUCAACCCCCCUCCACAUCAUUGGUUUAGCAAACAUGGGUAUUGGUAAGCUUGUCCUUGAUUUUGCCUGGAUAAAUUCAGUUCGUUGAUGAGUGAUGACGAUCGUGAUAGUAACGGGGGUG